AUGUCCCUCUCCAAGCAUGCGAAGACGUACUUGGCGAACCAGUCGAAGUACAGACACUUCAACGCGUUUAAUUCCUUCGUCGAAGCGUCCAUCCUCCAAAGCAGCGAUGCCUCCAAAUCCCGUACCCUCCGCCGCCAACCCGACAGCGUCGCCGACAAGCCAAUCGCAAUAAAGGACAACAUCUGCACGAAGAACCUAAAGACUACUGCUUCCUCCGGGAUACUCAAAGACUUCAGCAGCCCAUAUGACGCCACAGUGGUGAGGCUGCUGCAAGAUGAAGGUGCCGUGGUGGUAGGCAAGACGAACAUGGACGAAUUCGUCAUUGGGUUUAAGCCGAGCUACGGACUGCUGUCGAGAUGGGGUGUAAUUGCCUAUGCAAACUCUCUGGAUACUGUCGGGAUCUUUGGCAAGAACGUGGCGAGUGUGAAGAGCAUAUUCUCCAAGGUCAACAUCCACGAUGCGCAGGAUCCGACGUCCGUUCCUAACACAACCCGAGCAAAAUUCCGUACAGGGAAGCGACCAACUUCGUUGAAGAUAGGCAUUCCUCUUGAUUACAACAUCGACACAUUGCAGCCCGCUGUCCGAAAGGCAUGGAUUGACCAACUCAGAUAUCUGUGGAAUGCUGGUCAUACUUUGCACCCUAUUCGGUUACCCACAACACAACAAGCACUAUCAGCCUACUACGUCCUUGCGCCAGCCGAGGCAUCGAGCAACCUCGCAAAGUACGACGGCGUGCGUUUCGGAAGUAGAGCCGAGGGCAUCGAUGGUACACCAGAUAGUGUGCUCUUUGCUAAAACCCGGGGUCAAGGUUUCGGUCCGGAGGUUCAGCGGCGUAUACUCCUUGGAGCCUUUUCACUAAGUGCCCAGGCUAUCGACAAUUACUUCAUACAAGCACAAAAGAUUCGGAGGCUCGUACAACAAGAUUUCAACAGGGUGUUUGCCAGUCCAAACCCAUUGCUCGAUGCCGAAGAAACCGCGGCAGAAACAGAAGGAGUGGACGUGAUCAUAUGCCCCACAGCUCCAUCAACGGCACCGUCUUUGGCUGAAGUCGAGAAUCAGGAUCCAGUCCACUCCUACAUGAACGAUGUCUUCACCGUACCAGCUAGUCUUGCCGGGCUGCCAGCAAUCACUCUUCCCACAUUUACUCCUUACAAGGAAAAGAGCCAGAGUUCGACGGUCCCGGAUUCAUUCUUCAACUCUGUAGGAUUGCAGAUCAUUGGUCAAUACGGAGAUGAUGAACUCGUUCUGUAUACUGCAGAACAGAUGGAGAUUUUCAGAAGUUCUCCGCAGCCCAAUGGCAGACCGGAAAUAACCGCAUGGGGCGGUGGUCUUGAAUGGGUUGUGGACGAAUUCCUUCAAGCGCUAGGGCCCAGACGUCUUGACGCCGGUGCUGCUAUGUGUGAGAUGAGCCGGACAGCGUAUGUGGCCACUUUCGCUGAUAAGAAGAACCCGCUUGCUGCUGAGAGCAAACAGUUUGAGGCGGCUCAAUACAUUCGGGGAAUAUGGGGUCAUGUGUAUGACGAAGGCCGGAUAUAG